CCUCUGACCUAGCGUUGGCCGGCGACCAUCACUCACUCAUCUUGUCUUACUUCACCCCCGUCUGACCUAGUCCUACAUCACCUCUUCGUUGACCCUUGAUCGUCCAUCUUCGUUCCAGCUUUGCAACACCGCCGUUGUCCUUUUGCUGUGACGACUUCUCGAUUGUACCUCUGCAGUGAAUUGUCUCACCUCUUCUUGAUAUUUUCCAUCGCAUCACAUCGCUAAACCGAGCGCAUUCCGAGUCGUUGCCAUUGACUGAUUUCGGUUGCCCACCUCAUCGUGCGCUACUAACAUCGAUCAACCGACACAAGCCACCAUCCGCCCUGGGCUCCCAAGACCGUAGCCCCCCAACUGUUGGGGACCUGCAACCAUCGCCCUGUCCGCUGCCCUCCUCCACGCAUCCACCUAAACAAGGUCAGGUUUCCCUUCGCCGGGUCCCGUGUCGGAUCGAACGCACCGCUGCGACUGCGAGGAUAGUCUGCCUAGCUUAGGUUGCGCUGCCAACUAAGACGGAUAUCCACCAGCCUACCCACAGCGAUAACCACCAUCAACCAAGCCGACCCAACUUGCCUUCUUCUCCGCAUUCCUGACGCUUCAGGUUUUGCCGACAACUACCCAACCCAUCCCCACGCUCUUUUCAAAAACACCCUACAUCUUCCCUCGACUUGUUUGCCCCCAGCUGCCCGUCCUCCGCCGCUGGUUGCCAUCUUGCUCACGACCUCCGACUUUCUGAAUAAACGCCGGGCUUGCCGUUGUCCUGGAAGCGCCGUGAGGAUCAACGAAGGGCCAAGAAGUCACGCCACGGAUGCUCAAGGCUUGGCGGUGACGCCAACGUCAGUCGGCCGUUGUUCAAAUACUCACGUAGACGACCAACUCCAACACUCUUUUCCGAGAGAGAGAGAGAGAGGCGACGGAAUCCCUCUUUUUUUUCCAACAGACUUGGAGCGCCGUCUUCAUGAUAACAAUGCCAGAUUACCGUCCCGGGAUGAAUGGCAUCAUCAUUGGUCUGUUAUCGUCCUUCGGGUCGGCGAUACUGAUCGGCUGCUUCUUCCUCAUCUUCUACUUCUUCCGCUGCACAACAUCAGGGCGCAUCUUCCUCGACCGCAUUGGUCGACCUGGCGAAUACGAUGACGAGCAACAAUUUCUGCGGGAGGAGGCUGAGGCCCUCGAGACGAUGGAUGAUAUGCAACGGACGGAAUACUUGAGGGCAAAAGCUUUUAUCGCCGCCAACCCACCCGAGUCCCUGCAGACGGACAUUUCGCUAUCCCAAUAUCUUGCCAUACAGGAGAAGGGAGUGUCGGCGUGGGAGUUUGAGCCGGAGCUGGAAAUCGCAAAUUGCUUUGUCGAGGCCCGCACCGAGAUCGAGUUCUUCGAUUCCGAAUGCACCGUCAUGAGUAACCUGCCGGUGCCGAAGCAGAAUGAGGUUUACUACUGGGAGGCCAAGAUUUACGAUAAGCCCGAGAAUACGUUGAUUAGCAUAGGAAUGGCUACCAAACCGUAUCCUCUGUUCAGGCUCCCUGGCUUUCACAAGUACUCUGUCGCGUACCUAUCCAACGGAACACGUCGCUACAACCAACCUUUCAAUGCUACUUCCUACGGCCCGCAAGUUGUUCAAGGCGAUGUUAUUGGCGUCGGCUACCGCCCGCGAAGUGGCACGAUUUUCUUCACUCGAAACGGAAAGAAGUUGGAGGAUGUAGUACACGGUUUGAAGUCGCAAAACUUCUUCCCCUCGAUCGGCGCGAACGGACCCUGCAUCGUCCACGUCAACUUUGGUCAGGCUGGCUUUGUCUUCAUCGAAGCCAAUGUCAAGAAGUGGGGUCUCGCUCCUAUGACUGGCUCGCUCGCACCGCCACCGCCAUAUGGUUCCGAGCAAGGCAGUAUUCUCCUCGAGGCCGGCACCAAGGAUGGGUUUACCAGCACGCUUGGACGUGGGCGCGGGUACAGUCAUCCCGUGCAGACGUAUUCUAGACAAGGCUUGGCUGCAGUCGACUCUUCUCAUAACCGCACACGAUCAGGCAACUUUCGAAUGUUUCCACCAACGAGCCCAGGACCCGUUCGCAGCCCGACAGAUAUCUCGCUUGCUCAUUUGGUACCCACGGAGGAUGCAGGCGAACCUAGCAGUAGUGCUGCAGCGUUAGUCGACCAAGAUGGGCAGCCCAUAACCGGUGGAUUCCUCAGUCCGGAUCAGCCACCUCCCGAGUAUACCAGCCCUGUCAACUCUCGACCGGGGAGCAGGAGACAUAGCUCCGACAGCGAAAACACCCCUCUUAUCCAACUCAGCGGCAGGAGUCGAGGUGCCUCGUCAGCCACAGCAAGGCCGAUUCAGAGCGGUGGAAGCCACAACAGGCCAAGGGCAGGUUCUCAUAGGCCGCCGAGCCCUCCGAUUCCGAGCUAUCAGGAUGCAGUUCGACAAGGCGCUGGACGUGAUAGGAGUGACAGCACGAGAAGUGCGAGGGACUCGAGUUAAAAGGCUGCAAAUCAGGAUGGGAGGAAAACUCAUAAUGCGCGCUGGUGCCGCAGCAAAUCAUUGAGGCACAGGUGCCUAUUAUUAUGAGGAUCCCCUGGACAGGGACAAAGACUGAGGGAGUGAUAUGUUUCGGAACUGGAAACCGGAAAAAAGCAUCCCGCUCAUCAUUACAGAUAAGACAGACAAGACAAGACACACUCAAUCAGGGGAAAACUAGCGCCGGCAAAGGAAGUUGGUCAUUCACCGAAAUAUCAUCGUGCCAUAAAGAAGGAUACUCAGAAACAGAGGCCAUUGAGUGCGGGAUGCAUGGAGGUCAUCGUCAUCGUCAGUAGGUGAAAAUCGAACGAUCAAUCAACACAAACAAACAGGCAUGUAGGAGUCAAGGUGUUAUCGGUUACCUUUCUUCCGUUCUUUUCAUGUUUUCACUUUUUUUUCACCAUCAAGCACAUAGGGGGGGUUGCUAAUUUGCACUUGCUUCAAAUCGGGGUAGUGGUAAUCGUUCAUGGUCAUUAGGCCACAGGAUUGGAGCAUGGCAUUUCAAACUUGAACCUCAUCUCAUCUCAUCUAUGCUUAAAGUUGGUUUGGGUUGGCAGGUUGGCUAUUGGACGGAGGGUGGGUGGGGUUGAUAUUCCUUUUCUCUUGUUUUUAAUUUACUACUGUCUUAGCCCGGUGAUUAUACCAAAACUGCUCGCGAGACACACUCCGCUGCUCUAAAUACGUACGUACCUACACUUGAAGAAAGUAGUUUUACCAUUUGUUAUCCACAUUCG